AUAUUUAUAACCGGACAUUCUCAACUGACGUCAUCAACUCGAAAUAAAAGGAGAUUAUCAUGGUUCUUCGUCCCAUUGUCAACAUGGAACUCCUAUUAUCUGUCUUUAUAAUAGUUAGUUCUAUGCUUUUAGCAUUUGCCCAAGGUCCGGCUUGGGAAGGACGUGGUGAAGAAAGAGGACCUUCUUUUGGCGGAUCGGAAGGAGAAGAUAGAUUUUCAGGACCCAGAGGGUUUGGUGGUCCAGGUAGACACAGAGGACCUGGUGGUCCACCUGGGCACAAAAUGCCAAUGAUAAUGAUUCCCAUGUAUAGUGAGUGUCAGAAUUUUACAUCUGUCAUGACUGAGAAAUUUAAAGAAAUGUGGACGAAUAAAGAGAUCGGACCCGGACAGUGUGAAGGAGAUCACCAUGAUUGUAUGCUGAAAGACAUGGAAAAAGUUCGAUGCCGGGUGCAAGCUACACCUACUAAAGAAUGUGUAGAAAAGCUGAGGGCGUUUAUGCAAGGUGACACUUGUUUAAAUGAUGGAGAGGGUAAAGAUGAAGAUAAUGAGCCUUAGUAUGAAAAUAAACAAAAAAAAUAGUUCUGAAAUAAAUAGAAAAAGACAAAAAUUAGAAAUAAAGAAACUAUAA